AUGAAGUGGUUCGCCUUCAUCCUACUGCUCAUUCAGGCAGGAUGGGUUUCGUCCUGCAUUUUUGACAAAGUGGAGGAGUUGAAAAGCAUGGGCCUCAGACAAUUUGCGAUCAACAACAUCAACGAAUGCUUUGCUGCGUGUUAUGAGAAUGUGAGAUGCAUUGGAAUCCAGCACUGGAAAAACAAAAAGGAGUGCCUACUGUUAACCGCUGGAGCUGGAGAUGGUUCACACGUUGCUUUGAAUGAUGGCAGCGCCAUCGUCUACAGCCUUCUCCGUGACGAUGUGGAUCCGAUGUGCCAAACAUUUGUGAACUUUUGA